UGAUAAAUCUGAGUAUAAUUAGCGUUGAACGAAGUCGUUCCAAUUUGCCUGUGCUGCGACCACUAGCGACGCCAAACCGAACUGCACGCGAGACGCAAGAUGGACGCAAACUUUUGACUUUCUGUUUCUAUUUCGUUUCGCUUACUCGCGCGAGCUACGCUUUUCUAUGUAUCGCCGCGUCCCUCGAGGUGAGAGCGCGCGCUUUCGAAUAAUUUAGCAUUCCAGUCAGAAAAAAAUCGGUUAAAAACAGGCCUUCAGACCAGUUCGCUGGCAGCCGUUUUCACAGCCCAACCUUAGCUGUCUUUAUGUGGAUUCGCUUCCUGGUUGCAACACAGUCACACAGUACAAUUCAAAACGCAUUUCAGCCUGAGAGACUAACGUUAGUCGUCGAAACUAAUAAUUAUCCUUGGAGCUUUCAAUAAACAUUUCAUGACUUUUUCCCGGAAAAGGCAGUAUCUUUUUAUUCGUUUAAGUGGAAUGUCGUGAGCCACCGAGUAUUAGAAAUAUCUAAUAUAUCGAGUGAGUGCAAAGCGAAAACCUGGGAUCUAUGCUUCGUCUUCAUGGAGAAUGUGACUACACAAUCAACACAAGGUCUUCUGGAGCCUGUGCAUCCAGGCUCAGUAACCUUUAAUGAGAGUAUUCUAACGCCACUUCGUAACAACUAUUUGUAUGAGGAAUCAAAAGAAUGUUUCACGUACAACUCUGCCCAUUUGAUCAACAAUGACGCUUUACAAAAACAGUAUGCUGCCUUUCGUUCCGAGAAACGGGAAAAAGGAUAUUCUGAACAGGAACUUGAAGAGUCUUUUGGCUUCCUGUUGCUUGAUGAUGCAAGCAAGGCAAGGAAAGUUGGUGAAACAGGCUUAUUGGUUAGACAAGCAAAAUGCACUACUCUUGGAGACUCUUUGAAAGGUGUCUAUAUCUCAAAAUACUCAGACUGCCUUGACCUGAAGCGCUGGUACGAUGGCAAGACUGGCUACAUUGUCCUUUUGAAGCUGACCAAGGGGAGAGUGAAAGAAGUUACAGACAACUACACCCAGAAUUUCACUCCUCCGACAGCUGGCUUCGACUGCCACGUAUCAGAGCAGCUUGGUGCUGUGUCUUCAACUACUAGUUCUUUCUUGGCAUAUGAGAGAACACAGUACUAUAUGUAUGAACUCUGUGAUGGAAGCAGUGAAACAAAAUCAUGUCCGAGACAUGCUUGUCCGUUUGCCAUCGUGGCAUUUUCAUAUGGGAAGAUAAACACCUCAUCAGAGUUGGAGCAAAAGAGCCAAGACAAAACAGUGUUUCAUUACCAACCAUGGAUUGGCCAAUUCAAGAUUGAAUCCACCGUCUAUGAUGUUGGUCUUCAGUCUUCGAGCGGAGCCUGGUUCCCAGCAAAACUCCCAAAGACAGUUCAAAUUGACCGUGCAAUUGGUGUGUCUGAACUGAAGAGGACCUUGCCGCGGGAAAUCUUUGAAACUUGUAUUGUGGGUGAAGUUUGCAUAGAUGGCAGAUGUUUCAACCUGUAUGACGUUGUCUCCUCUAAGGCGAAAAAUGAUCUUGCUCAGAUAACCCAAGAGCUAAAGGAAAAUGACAUGGCUCUUGUUAUACCACUGGAAGAUUCUGGUUUCCUUAUACUGUUACACUCUUCACAUCUCUUCUCUUAUGAAGAUGCAAAGUCUGGUAAGGCAGCAGCACUUCAAGGCAUGUUUAUUUUUCCAGACUCAAGAACUUUGCCAAGAGGUGCCAAGUCUGACCUGACAAAUACUAAAGUGUCAUCAGAAAUAAUGCAAGUCAUUCCAGCACUCAACUAUGCAGAAAUGGAGAUGGAAAAAUGUCCUCCAAACCAACAGGGGUGCUCUCAAAUUUCUUUAGAGAAGCAUUUGCAAGACUAUGGCACUCUUUUUCACCCAGGGCUGUUGGACGUUCCCACCAGGGAAGCAAGUAUGUUUCCAGACCAAUAUGAUGUGCCUGGUGGUUUCACUCUGAUAUCGCCUAAGUGGUCACAGGAGACUGGCACUCGAUUAAAGUCCUAUUUUGAUGAGCCUUGUGGCUUUACAAUUUCAGUAGUGAGGGCACUGGAGUUACUCACCACUGGUCGACAGCAGCGUGGUGAAGAUCAUGACGAUGAUGUCUAUUACUGUAUAUCAUCACCUGAUGAGGUCCCGCAGACUGAUGCCCCCGUUGAAAUGGAGGUGACUAAGCACACAGAGGCCAUCAGUGAUGCCUCUCACAGGACUGUUGAAAAAGAUGAGCACAAGCAUUUGACAACAGAGCAGCCUCAGCCCGCUUUGCCAGAGGGCAUUGGAAAACUGGGAACAGCUGUAGUUACUGUAGCUGACAGUGUGUUGGUGUAUCCAACUUCCACAAUUUCACCUAAAUUGGGUGACUUCCCUUCAGAAAAUUGUGUAAGUAUUGACAGUGAUGUUGAGAAAACUUCUCAAGGCAAUACUAAAGGAGAUGCUGAUGGAGUCUGUGUAGAUUUAUCCACAAAAGAGACUCCCAUCCAAACAAGGACUACACCAUUAAUCACAUCAACAGAAGAAGGUGGUACUGGUGAGGGGAUGGAGGAUAAUAUACAUCCUGAGAAAACAAUGGCUGAUCCUGAUAAGAAAGUAAAUCUGAGGUCCUUUUCGAAGCGCAAAGGUAGGAAGCGCAAAAUUCAUUGGAGAACCAUGAAGAUAAAAAGAAAAGCUGUUAAAAAAAAGCUUGCUUUUCCAACUUCAAGUUUGCCUCUUGUUUUGCCAGUGAACUCCACAAAUGGCCCUACAAAAGACCAGACUCGGACUGAGACCAUGCAUGCUGAUGACAUUAAUCAGAGGCCGCAUUUAACUAGUAGGGGCAAGGGACGCAGGCAAAGGGGCGUGAAACGAAAUCUGAGUGAAGCCAGACAAGCACAAGAAUCUUUAAGUGUGUCAACAGAAACUAUACUUGAUCAAAGUCCUUCAAGAAGAGACUGGCGAUCUCUUCCAAGGCGUAAAAGAUUGUGGAAUACCGAUGCCAAUCUGAAGCGUUCUUUGAGAUCAGGUGCUGUAAAGAUUGACGAGGAGACUAUAGUGAACGCACUGGCUGAUACAACAAAGCAAAGUUUGUCAAGCACACCCAAGAGGAAGAUGGAGGGAUUUAGCUUGAGGGAACGAUAUGGUCUUAAGACCAUAAUCACAACCUGUGGCAGAGUUUUUGUCCCGCAUGGUUCAGAUGCUAAUGUACAUACUGCAAACAAGAGGCAAAGUGAGAAAAUGCAUGUUGAGAUGAGCAUUGACACAAAUACAGAAACUAUUUCUCCUGUGGAAAACAAAUCCACAGAAAUAGUGGAAAGUAAGGGAGAAUCUCCCUCGAUGGUGAUAGAAGAAUUCCCCCGUAAAGUUCCAGUGGUAAGUGACUGUGAAGACUCGUCACACAGCCCUUCAGAUGAAAUGCCAAGUGCUCUCUUGUCCGCAUUAAAGAUAUUGAGAAACCUUCACAAAAACAACCCAUUAGAAAUUGAAAAAAGUCGGGAUUUAUGUUCAGAAAAGUCCAUUAAUGCUACAUUAAAUGAGAACGUAAGCUUCCAACAAACUAACAAAGUAACAGAUGCAACUUCUAGUCAUUCCAGAGUAUCUGACCAAUCCAUGCACUCGGAACCUAAAGUAUCCUCCCCUGACAAAAACAAAAAGAAAGCAAAAUGUGAUGUGUACAGUGCAAUAUCUAUAAGCAAAUUAAAGACAGUACUCAGAAGGGGAAAGAGGGCGAAAUCUCCUUCCCCUGGUGACAGUGCAAAAUCUGAGCCAGAUAACGCGGAGCCAGAAUCAAAAAAAAGAAAAUUGGGCACCAUUAUGCACCUGGAAUGUGAUAUGAUCAAGAAUCAGUUGAAAGACAAAGCAUCGCAACCCAUGAAUGAUAAGGCACAAUAUACACCAAUGAACCCUGUGGAGAUAACCAAACAACCUGUGUCUUGGAGAGGUCUUAUUCACAAGGCCUCAAAAGAAAAUGGGUCCCUCAAUUUUGACACAUCAGCACCUUUUGAAAUAGCUAAACGCAAUGACCAGCAGCUCAUAUCGUCGCUUGGGGAUAGGGUGGGAAGGACAAGAAUUAGCAUUGAUGGCAAAGCCAGCGCAGAGAGUGAGAGCAUGAGUGCAUCUCUGCCCUCAGAUGCUUUGAGUUUACUGGCUGACUUGGCCCUCGGUGCAAGUAAUGAUAAAAUGUUAUCGAACUUAGAAGCCAAACCUGGCCAGGAGUCCCUUGAUGGAAUGAAGGGUACCGGCUCCCCGGAGUCAGUCCUUCAUGCUCUUCUUCGUUGUCCAUCUGCCAGAGUUAAAUUACCCCACAGGUCUCCUGUUCCAGAAGGUCUUUUAGUGACUGGGGAACUGAUUUUGGAAAUAUCUAAAGAGCAUUCUUACUCACAGCCAACCUCUCUGCUGUCAGGUUUGUCAGGUCCAUCCUCCCAGGUUUCUUAUCCAUCUGGAUGUGUAGAUUCGGCUCUGUCAUUGAAGACUGGGCUUCAUCUGAACCUGCCUAAAGAUGCUGCACCCUCGAGUCAUCAAGAGGAAGGAGGAAAAACAGAAUGGAAGCACUUGAUUUCUUCAAAUAAGACAAUGUCAUUGAUUCCCAAGACGAAAGCACGGAAAUCAAGAUUUUCACGGAAUAGAAGCAUAAUUGAAAAGGAGAGAAAGAUCCAAGUGACAAGGAUUUGGGAGGAAGAUUAUGAUUUUAAAUUUGACAGCAAGUUCACCAAUGACAAUAUAGACAAAACUGUCACACGAGCACUUCAUGGGAAAUGGAACUUCAACAUUGAAGACACCUAUGAGGAUGUCCAUCUCAUUUUUCACAUGUGGAUUGGACUUUUUUAUAGUAAACACACCUCCAGGUUAUUUCAACUUGAAAAUAGUACUGCACUUCCAAAGGGGAAGGAUGUUGAAAAGGUUCAUCUGGACAUUAACGCUAUUCAAAAUGCUGUGUCAUUGCUCAAUGUUGAGUUGACCUCGAAAGAUGACUCAUCCAGGCCUGCGCAUCUUUCAUCAGAGGUUUUGGAUCUUUCUGUGAAAAAUGGCGAGCCUGUGAAUUUCUGUUCAGUCUCAAAUCAGAGCAGAAAAAAAGACACUGCAUCACAUCCUGGUGGAAUGUCACCAACGACACCAAGCCGUUCACCUUCUGGGACAAGUCUCUCCCCCAAUCCAAAAGUUACAGCAUUGAUGAAUUAUAGAUCUCCUGUGGACAUACCAGUGGACAAUUCAGUGCCUGACAGUCAAAUUGACACUGAUGAUGAAAAUUACAUCACCACUGACUGCUCAUAUUCUCAGCUCUUGGAAGGAAAUAGUUCAUAUAACCAGUUGUGUGAGCAAGCAUCAAAUAUGAGAAUAGGUAUUCGGAUACUACUACCAAAGGUCAGAAAUGUUACAAAGAAUGAAGCAUCUACGAGAGUGACCACUUUUGAUCUGAAAAAAAUUGGUGUGUUCCAUCAAGUACUUAGUCCCAUAAAACCAUCAGCAUUCUCAAAACAACAUCGUCUGAUUUUGGGUAGGAAAAGUUUUGAUCUGAGUUUAAAGAAGGAAACUGGGCAUAAAGCACAUACAGUACUGCAGAAGGAGAAUGUUUCUGAAAGUGCAGAGAGUAAAAAGAUUUCUGAAACAAAUGAAAACAAAAAUGGGUGCCCAGCAGCUGUGGUUGAUGGAAAUGUUGACGAUACUGCAGAAUUUAAAACUGGAAAUGGAGCAUCCAUUUCGGUACAGGAAAAGAGUGUUUCUGUAAGUCAAGAGAGUAAAGAAGUCUCAGAUGAAGAUAGCCAUGAUGGAUGUCUUACAAUUAUGGAAGAUGGAAAUGUUGACGAAAACAUCACUUCUGACUUGCCAAGCCAAGAUCAGAUUAGUGUUGUUGAGCAUAAUUGCUCUGCUCAUGCAAAGGAAGAUCUUAAACCUUUUCAAGAUCUCAAAGGUCACGAAAACAUGGUAGAUGUUCUGAGAGAUGUUUCACCACAUGAUACUAGUGUUGAAGAGCAUAAUGUGACUUCUAAUGUGAAAAAAGAUCUUAAACCUUUACUAGAUGACACAAAUCUACUUGACCAUGUUGAGGAGCUAAGCGAAAUUUCAUCAGAUGAGACAAGAGUUGAAGAGUAUAAUGAGACUUCUAAUGCAAAGGAAAAUCUUAAGCCUGUGCAUGACCUGAAAGAUCACGAAAAAAUGGUUGAUGAGCUGAGAGAUGCUACAUCAGAUGAGACUAGUGUUGAAGAGCACAAAGAGACUUCUGAUGCAAAAAUAGAACCGAAACCUUUAUUAGAUGAUACAAAUCUAGUUGACCAUUUUGAUAAGCUGAGUGAUAUUUCAUCAGAUGAGACGAGAGUUGAAGAGUAUAAUGAGACUUCAAAUGCAAAAGAAGAUCUUAACCCUGUGUAUGACCUGAAAGAUCACACACACAUGGUUGAUGAGCUGAGAGAUGCUACAUCAGAUGAGACUAAAAUUGAAAAGUGUAAUGAGAUUCCUAGUGCAAAAGAACAGCUUGAUCUGAAAGAUCGGUUAAACUUGAUUGAUCCAUCAUCCCAUGGAAUUGAAGGGAAUGACACUAAAAAGCCUGUGGAAGAAAAAGAUGAAGGUUAUACAGGUGAGGAAAUUAUGCAAGAAGGUGAGAGUAAGUCAAAGGAAUGGGAUAACUUGGAUGGCAGUGAUACUGAACAUGAGGCGUCCACAGCAAUGGUGGAACAUCUAGAUGAGUUUGUUUGGGGUCUAAAGGAUAAUAUAAACCGUGUUAAAAUGGAAUUCAGUGAUGAGGAUGCUUUCAUCGAUGAUGAUGAUGAUGAUGACAUGAAGAUACAAAAGAGUGAAACACAACCUUACACACCAGAGGAGACAGACCUGGAAGACUAUACCCUUGAAUUAAGCAAUGAUUCAUCCUCAGAUGAGGAUCAGCCCUUGUCUGUUCAAGAGAAACCCACCUCAGCUUCUUAUAUUGAUACUUCUAAUAUAAUGCAAGAUGAGAUUGAAACCGAGACCCUUGAGCAGAGUUUAGUGGUCCAACAAGAAGCUCUUGAAGUAUGUCAGACUGAGUUAAAAACAGCAAGUACUGUUGAACCCACCAAAUUGGAUAUUAGUCAUUUGGAAAAAGAUGAUGAAAGAGAUUUAGGCCAGCAGGAUAAAUCUAAAGUCAGUGGUGAGGAUGAUACACUUGUUGACGAGAAGGAGACACAAAGUCAAGGCUCUUGUAAAGAUGGCGUCAUCAAAACAUACCAAGAAUGCCUGUCUGCAAAAAUGUAUGCUUUGCCCCAUAGCCGGACUGAAACUCGUAAUGAAACGGUUGCUCCUCAAGCUUUAACAAUUUACAAACCCUCAGAAGUGGAGGUAAACAGCAUGUGCUCUACUCCUACGCAAGAUGAAAUGGCAUGUUUACCAGAAGUGAACGAAGAAUUCAGGGAAGAGGAUUUGAAUAGGGACCUUUACUUUCCUUACAACACUGAUCAUGUUGACAUGCUGCCACCUAAAAUUCCUGUAUGUCCUCAAACGCAUGUUUCUACCACAAAGCCACUUUCUGACUUUAUAGGGCACUAUGAAGAAACCUAUGAUGACGAACUAAGGUGUAAGAGAAUCAAAUACACUGGGACAAUGGAUUUCAAAGAUAAAUCUGAAUUAACUACUAAGCGUUCGCCCAGUGAGGACUCUUUCCAGUUAAGGCACAAACUCUGUCCCACCUCCCAACAAAAAGAUGACAAGAACUGUAACUUCAUAGAGGGUGGACCUCAAAAUGAUUCUGGAUUAUUUUACAGAGAAGACAAUGUAGACGAUUUGCAUGAAUAUUACCAGGGAUCUGAUGAAGGUUUACCAUGGCCUGAUUACCAAACAGAGGAACCAGUUGAUCACCAAUUGUAUCCAUGUGAAAAGGAAUUUAGUUGUGACAAUGAUCAACCCAUUUGUUCUAAGUACAUUACAUCUGAACGUGAGUAUUCCUACAGGCACACAAAGCAUGCAAAGAAAGAGAUGGAUAACUUUUGUUGGGCAGAAAAGAAUUAUAAAUCAGACCCUCUGUCAGUUACUUGUACUGCUGAAUAUACCAGGGAACAAAGUCCAAAAAAGAAGUCUAGAAAAAGCAAAUUCACAGCCUUCCGACAAUAUUCUCAGUGGGAUGAUGAAGACUGUUCCAAUGUUAUUGUAGACUACAGUAUCCAAAAAACAUCAUGCUUUGAAACUUGUCAAGCAAAGCCAACUAAGGCAGUCACGGUUAGUUCCCUUCCACAUGUUAAGACAAGCAAGCAGCAAUUUGACUGGCGCAGGUAUUUCAGAAGGGAGGCGGCUUCCAGUCAGCUAUUAGAUGUAAGUGAGAGGGAUAAUAAAUUCGACAUUCCACUCUCCGACAUUGUCACCGUUUUGGACAGGAAAGGAAACCGGGUAACAUUCAGUAACUCUUCCACCAUGAAACCAUCUUUCAUUGGACUUGAAAACUCUUUUCAUCGCUGGCAAGAACAACAAAGUAAGACUGAUGUGACCCGGUCUGCAGUUGACCUUGAGUACCUUAUUUUCUCUAAAAACAUGAGUCAGGUUCUCAAAGAAAAUAAGAGCACAUCCAGUACCACAUCACACUGUUGGGAAAAUCCUGACCAGUCUACAUGUCCCAUGACUGUUCGGUUUUCAAAUCUCAGUGAAGUGGAGAACUCCGCUGACCUUAGUAAAGCACAGCAAUCACUUACUGAUUUUAAGAUAAAAGUGGACAUGUCUGACAGGAGAGGGAUGAGGGAGCCUGUAAGAAACCGCAAACCACAUCUUCAAAGACUUUUCUGUGAAAAGGGCAAUGAUGUUGAGUUCGCGGGGAUCUCAGAAAUAACAAAGCAAUGUGCUGUUGCAUACAAGUCCAUGAUGAACGAUGUCUGCAGCAGGAAGACUCUCUCGCGUCCAAUUGAGGCAAGUGGAAAGGGCGUCAAGAGGAAAUACAGUCGAGAGAGCGUUGGCCAACAUCCUGGAUUCUGUGGUCGUAUCAAGAAGGACACUUUCGACAAUCCUCAUGACUAUCUGAAGUCCUCAGUGUGGCAAGCAUCCAAGACUAAGUACAGGUUCUUUAUCCUCGUCACAUCAACAGAUACCUUUUUUAAAGAAACCAAGCACAUGUUGGAGAUUGAGGGCCACAUACAGGUUGAACCAGAAGAAUUUGACCUCAGUAACGAUGGUCAGUCCCCUCUUCUCAUUAUACUGAGGAAUGAGGACAUUGCAGAGCACAUAUGUGAGGUGCCUUAUUUGCUGGAAUUGAAGAAGUCCCCCAACGUCCUGUUUGCUGGCAUCGACCGACCCGAUGACGUGGUGAACCUUGCUCACCAAGAGCUUUUUGCAAAAGGAGGCUUUAUAGUGUGUGAUGACUUGGCUCUUGACACACUUACUCUAGAUGACAUGAAGAAAGUCGUGGGGAUUCUGGAGGAGUUAGACAAGCAAGGGAAAUGGAAAUGGUUUCUGCACUAUAGAGACAGUCGCAGGCUUCGGGAAAGUGCCAGGUCCAGUCCUGAGGGAAGUAAGAAGCAGCAGUUUAUCGAUUGCUGUCAGAAAGCUGGCAUAGUCGAGGUCUUGCCCUAUCAUGAAUGUGAUGUCAUAUCACGGGAACGGCCGGAUUACCUCUUCUGUUUGACUCGCCUCCAGAUCCAAAACGCCUCUGUACGGUUUCCUGUGUUUAUUACAGACACACCUACUGAAUCUUUUGGAACAAAUGGGAUUUUAACCAUGAACAUUUACACAUUCUCACGGAUUCUUUCAAAUGAUACUUGUUCUGUGUCAUAAAUGUGUGUAUGUGUUUUUCUCUUAAUUUUUUAUCAAAAUAUAAUUUCUUACCAUUGGUAAGUACACCUUUGUUCAUAAUUAAUUUAUUGUUUAUCAAAAAUGUUAAAGCAUAUAUCUUUGCUACUCAUAUGUAAUUGCUUACAAUUUAUAAGCUUUCCAGUAAAAGCUUUUUCCAUUUAUAAUACAGUUUCAAUGUACAAAUGUUUUAGUAUGUUUUAACCUGACUUUAUUUUUUAUCUCGACUGAAACUCUAAUAAAUGAACUGUUUUAGUA